UACAUCAAUCGUAAAAUGUUUUCGUUAAAUACGGAUACUGUAGUACUAAUACUCUUCUGCAUUAGCUAACUAAAUCAAAGUAUGAUUAAAAAUAAAGGAAAAGAAAAUGUAAGAAAAAUUUGUAAAUGUAAUACUUUGUUCCAUUAAAAGUAGAUAACAUUUUGUAAAGUACACCGUAUAAUAUCAGGAUCUGAUUGUGAAAAUAUAUAUAUAUAUAUGUACAUGUAUUAUUUGCUCAUUACAAAAGCAAUAUAAAAAUGACAAGUGAACCUGUUACAACCUUAAUUUGGAAUUUUGAACGAGUCUUAGGGACUGGAGGUUUUGGUAUUGUAAAAUUAUGGGCUCAGAAAGAUACUGGUCGAAAACUGGUUAUUAUUUGUUGUUAGCAAUAAAACAAUGCAAAUGGGACGAUACACAAUUAACAGCAAUACAGAAAAUUCGAUGGACUAGAGAAGUUGAAAUAAUGAAACGUUUUAAUCAUCCGAAUAUUGUCAAAACAAUGCCUAUUCCAUUCAAACUAGAUAAAGAUAAUAGCAUGCCUGUAUUAUGUAUGGAAUAUUGUACUAUGGGUGACCUUAGAAAAGUCCUGAAUAAAGGAGAAAAUUGUUGCGGUAUUAAAGAAAUGGAUACAUUGAAAAUAAUGAGCGACAUUUUAUCUGCUGUUAAGUAUUUACACUUACAUAAAAUUACUCAUCGUGAUUUAAAACCAGAAAAUGUAGUUUUACAAGUUGUAAAUAACACAAUUGUAUAUAAAUUAAUAGACUUGGGAUAUGCUAAAGAAAUUGGAGAAGCCAGUAUAUCUGCGUCUAUCGUUGGCACAAUGAAUUAUGUUGCACCAGAACUUCUCUGUAAUGAGAAAUACAGUUGUUCUGUUGAUUAUUGGAGCUUAGGAAUACUUUUUUAUGAAAUAAUAACUGGUAAAAGACCAUUUCUACCUAGUAUGCCGCAUACAAUGGAGUGGAUGCAAAUUAUUAAAAAUAAAUCCAUUGAUGACAUAUGUGCUUAUGAACGCGAUGGAAAAGUAUUAUUUAGACAAGAUAUAGAGGAUCCAAUAGAUCUGUCUAGUUAUAUCAGAUCUUCUAUGGUAAAAUGGUUUAAAAUUGUCCUUCAAUGGGAUCCUAAGAAACGGGGUAAACAAUUAGAUGUAAACGGGAUACCUCAAUUAGCGGUCUUUCAAUUACUUGAACCAGUUCUAUCGCAGAAGAUUAUAUAUGUAUAUUCUAUGUACUUAUAUCAAAUUUGGACAUAUAUAAUUGAUGAAAAGACCACUCUUUCAACAUUGCAAUUAAUUAUAGAAAAAGAUGUAAAUAUUUCAGUUAAUCGACAAAUAAUAUUAACUGAUUAUUAUGGCAAUAUCCUCCGCAAUGAUGUACCAGUUCUUGCACAAAUUGACAAUUCAAUGUUAUUUGUUCUGGAAACUGAUGAUAUAUCUGCUAAACUACACGAUAUACCUGCUAAACUAUACGAUAUACCUCCACUAAAUGUACCUUUCCUAGCACAUGAAAUGAUAGAACAAUCCAAAAGUAAGCUAGGUUUUGAAGUAUUAAAUGAUUAUUAUCGUGUGACCAUAUUCAUGAUGAAGCAGGAUUUACAUCUUUUCAAGUUGUAUAUUUUUUCUUUGUCUAUAGAAGUAGACAUAAUAAAUGCUAGACUUGUUAAGUUUGACAAAUGUAUAGAAAAUACAUUACAAAGUACAAAUUUAUUAGCUACAAAAGUGAAUUCUUUUCAAACUCUUCAUACCGAUCAAAAAACAAAAAGAGACAAAAUUGAAGCUUUAGAAGAGAAUUCGAAAAAAGUGAAUCAAUUGUUAACUGCUGCUAAUCAAAUACGCUUAAAAUUUAUCAAUUUAAACGAGGACAGUAAUGCAUUAAAAAGCAUUGUCUUAAACAUUUCAAUAGAAGUUUUAAAUGAAACAUAUGAUAAAGCCCUAAAUAUAUAUGAAACUUUUAAAAAGACUUUUAAUCGUUCUGAGACACCAAUAAAAAUGGUUAAGGUACUUUUUGAAUAUAUGAAAUUACGAAAAGCACAAUUUGAUGAAAACAAAAUCGUUGAACUUGUCAGCCAAAUAAAUAAUCUGAAAUACGAACUUUCCAAAUUAGAAGGUUCAUUCAAUUCUGUAAUAGUCAUGACAAAAAAAUAUCAAGACGACUUGCAUGCUAUAAUAAAAGAAGAUUCAGACAGGAAACUACCAUCUAAGUGUAGUAAGUCUAUAGAAUGUCGUGACAGUUUAAUAUAUGAAAAUUUAAUAGUACGACAUACGAUGGACAAUCUUAUUGCAGAAAUAGAAAAAAUAUAUCAAGAGAUAGUAAGUCUUGAUUUAUAAAAUGAAAAUGACAUAAGUUAUAUAUACAGGGGUGAGAGAGUCAGUUAGUUAAAUGUCUCAUGACCAGAGCUCAUGAUCUACCAUCUAUUUUAUAUUUACUUCUUUGUCAGUUCUAACAAAUGUAUAAAUCCUUUCUAAUGUAGAUAAAAGAUUGGUUAUCAAAAGUUAAUAUAUCAUUACAUAUUUAUACAUAUGUAUUAUGUUAUUGUUAGUAUUAAAAAGUUGUACAUAUGUUUGUGUAUUAAUGUUAAUAUUAAAAAUUAUAUACAAUGCAUAUUUUGUAUAAUGUACACACACAAUAAAUCUUGUUUAUAUAUUUAAAGUACACACAGUUGUAUGUACGAAGAUUAACCCAUUUGCAUGGUUCUUCCAUGUUUAAAACAAGGAAACUUAAGUAGUAGUGUCACAUGAUGCAAAUGGAUUAAAGAUUAAACAACAAUCUUAAAAUAAAUAUCAUGUUCUUUA